GCGGCGCGGGGCGGCCCGCGGCGGGGCCGGCGGCGAGCGGAGCGGAACGGAGCGGAACGGAGCGGCAGGCUCCGCGCUGCCCGGCGGUGCGCUGCCCGCUUUUGAGGUGCCCAGCGGUGCGGUGCCCAGCGGUGAAAGAGGAGAUCUCAGAGAGCGACCAAAUGCCAGCUCCCACCCUCCAGCCUGCUCAGCUCACUACGAAACCCUAACCAGGAGCCUGCUGUUGCUUUAAAUAAAGCCUCUGGCUGCCUUGUGCUGUAAGGUGAGAAAUCCUUCUGCAAGAGGAGGAGGGCAGGGACACUUGGAACUCGCUGGUGCUGCUGCUGACUGCUUUGGCAGAGAGCACAAACCAGGCUGAAACUGAGCAAAAGCCUCCAGGAGCCUUCAGACUCCAAUUCCACAGAGGGAUGGUGGCAAAGCCCUGGUAGUAAGGAGAGCCUUUCUGGACUGCAGCAUCUCCCAGAGCCAACACCUCUUGUAUCUACUCUCUGUUUCCUCAUCUCUUUAACCUCCUGUGUUGUUCACUUCAUCUGGUUUUCUCUCUGCCUUGUGUGUCCCCUGACAGCAGUGGUGCUGCUGGAAGAAGACCUGGAGAGGCAUGCACUGAAGUGUCACACAUCAAAGACAAGAGGCUUGGAUCCUGUCGCAGUUCUGCUGCACUGCACGGAGCCAGAGAGGAAAACCAGAGGGAAUCUGCUGUAGUCCCCAGUUCCUGCAGUGUUCCCUGCUGGCUCAGUGGUUGGUGUCCUCCAUUCCUGGACGUUGCUUGAUGGGGAUCUCUGCUGCAGGAGCAGUCUCUGCACUCAAAGGCAGGCGAGCAGGGCUGAGAGAGGUUGGCUCUAGAUGCUGGAAAGGCCAUUUGUAUAAGCUCCUGGAAGAAGAUCUCUUCUGGAACAGCUGCUGGCUGUAGGCCCACCAAGCCAAGGGUGAGGGUAGCCUCUCUGCAGCAUGUCUUCCAAGGCAGAGCAAAAGGAGGCUCUCCAGGCCAACGGAGCUGUGCUGCCUGUUGUGCCCACAGACUGUCUCACCGGGCCAGACCGGGGGCAGCUGGUGGAGCCCUCCAAUUUCCUGGCACCUGAUGGUGAUGGGGUGGAAGUGGUGGUGCUGGAGUCCCGUGCCAACGCCAAAGGGGUGCGAGAAGAAGAUGCCCUGCUGGAAAACGGCAGCCAGAGCAAUGAGAGUGAUGACACCAGCACAGAUCGAGGCCCUGAGCCAGCCUCGCCCCUCAAGGAGACCUCCUUUUCCAUUGGACUGCAAGUCCUCUUUCCCUUCCUCCUGGCAGGGUUUGGGACAGUUGCUGCUGGAAUGGUGCUGGACAUUGUGCAGCACUGGGAUGUCUUCAAGUAUGUGACAGAGGUUUUUAUCUUGGUGCCUGCACUGCUGGGCCUGAAGGGGAACCUGGAGAUGACUCUGGCCUCUCGCCUGUCAACAGCUGCUAACAUUGGCCAAAUGGAUACACCCAAAGAGCUCUGGAAGAUGAUAACAGGGAACAUGGCUCUGAUACAGGUUCAGGCUACUGUGGUUGGCUUCCUGGCCUCCAUUGCAGCAGUGGUGUUUGGCUGGAUCCCAGAUGGACACUUCAGCAUUGACCAUGCUGUCCUGCUCUGCGCCAGCAGCGUGGCCACUGCCUUCAUUGCUUCUCUUGUUCUGGGCAUGAUCAUGAUUGGGGUCAUCAUUGGCUCCAGGAGGAUGGGGAUCAACCCUGAUAACGUCGCCACGCCGAUCGCUGCCAGCCUGGGGGAUCUCAUCACCCUGGCCCUGCUUUCAGGCAUCAGCUGGGGCUUGUACAAAGAGCUGGAGAGCAAAGCCUACGUGAAUCCCCUGGUGUGUGCCUUCUUCAUAGCUCUGCUGCCCAUCUGGAUCAUCAUUGCCAAGAGGAAUGCAGCCACUCGGGAGGUGCUCUACUCUGGCUGGGAGCCUGUCAUCAUUGCCAUGGCUAUCAGCAGUGUGGGAGGGUUAAUCCUGGACAGAACAGUCUCAGACCCCAACUUUGCUGGCAUGGCUGUCUUCACCCCGGUGAUCAACGGUGUGGGUGGCAACCUGGUGGCCGUGCAAGCCAGUCGCAUCUCCACUUACCUGCACAUGAGUGGGAUGCCUGGAGAGAGCUCAGAAGCAGCCCCUCGCAAGUGCCCCAGCCCCUGCAGCACUUUCUUCAGCUCAGAUGUGAAUUCCCGUUCUGCUCGUGUGCUCUUUCUCCUGGUGGUGCCUGGACACUUGGUUUUCCUUUACACCAUCAGCUCCAUGCAAGGUGGACACACUACACUCACCCUCAUUUUUAUAGUCUUCUACAUGACAGCUGCUCUGCUCCAGGUGCUCAUUCUUCUUUACAUCGCUGACUGGAUGGUGCACUGGAUGUGGGGCAGGGACCUCGACCCUGACAACUUCUCCAUCCCAUACUUGACAGCUCUGGGAGAUCUGAUUGGAACAGGUCUCCUGGCUCUCAGCUUUCACAUCCUCUGGCUCAUCGGUGACCGGGACUCGGAUGUAGGGGACUAGCUCCCCUUGCUGCCCUCCCUCCACCUCUCACACUUCUCUUCCUCCUCCUCCUCCUCCUCCCUUUAUUUUUGUUGUUUCUUCUCUUCCACCCUCACUCUGCUUCCUCCUCCAACCCUGUCUCUUCUGGAGACUUCACCUUUGAUACUGGAUUCUCAUUAUUUUCAAUGGGAGCUUUA